AUGGAAAGCAGAAACAGUUCAAGAGAUCAAAAUGCAACUGGAGAGACAGUUGUACGUGGCAAGAAAAGGAUGGGGAUUGAUAGUUCAUCUGAAGAAGAUGAAAAGGAUAUCGAUGAUUGGUCUAUCAGUUCUAGAGAGCAAGGGUCUGAUUUUAUGGAUAGUGAUGAUAGCAGUGCAUCUUCUGGGUGUAAUGUUGAUGUUGGUGGUGUUGAGGUAUUGAGAAGUAGGGAUCCCCAAGAAAUGAAGUUGAAUGAAGAUGACAAUAGCAAUGUUACAAGUUCAAUCCCGGUAUUGGAACCAUGUCUUGGCAUGGAAUUUGAAUCCGAGGAUGAUGCAUAUAACUUUUAUAAUGGUUAUGAAAAAGAGAUGGGAUUUUUAGUUCGGAAAUUCAGGGUGGAGCGCUCAAGAGUGGGUAAUCGUGUACUUGCUAGAUCAUAUGUGUGUUCACAACAAGGUGAGAAAUGGUGUAAUGAUAAUAGGAGAAAGGGAAUGGAUUACAAACCUCGUGCAACAAAAAAAUGCAAUUGUGGUGCAGUAAUGAGGAUCAAGUCCAGGAAUGGAAAGUGGGUGGUUGAUCUUUUGAAAAAAGAACACAACCACCCACUGGUGGAUCCUAGCCAAUCUUUUAGACUUCGGUCACAGCAGAAAAUGAUAGAUGCUACAAUGCAACUAAUUAGCAAACUGCAUAAAUGUGGGAUUAAACAGAGCGACAUCAUUUCGAUCGUAUCAGAGUUUGCUGGUGGCGAGGAGAAUGGUAGUGUCAGCGAGGAGCGUUGCCGGAAUAUUUUCAGAACGAAACGUAGGAAAACCUUAGGUGUAGGUUGUCAGUUAGCGGUGAACUAUUAA